UCUUGCCUUAGCUGCCUGCUUCCUGGACCGGAACCCCGAACCGAGUCUUCGCCGCACAGACGAAAGAGCCUGAACUGAGCCGCGCCCCCCCGGCCCUACCCCUGGGGACAUCUGCGGCGAUACUCCGCCAAGGGCCGAACAUUCUCGGACUCGAGCAAUCGCUGUCAUCGGCGUAAACUGCCCUUCCUCCGUGUCCGCCAAGCCCAGAGACAGGCCAGGGCCGUGUCGGGAAAGCAAAGCACAAGACACCAUUCUGUCUUAUAAGUGUGGAGAGCGAUAAUGCGAAAUGUGCUGAAGUUUUGAAAGGAGCCCCUGCCUCCCGGAAAUCAGAAAUGGCACCUAAAAAGAGACCAGUUCCUCUCACCAUUACACCAACCGGGGAGGGACAGACCGCGUCCACCACCAUUGAUGCCGCCAAUGAGGCUAACCUUGAGGCUCUGCAGAAGAAGCUGGAGGAGCUGGACCUGGACGAGCAGCAGAAGAAGAGGCUGGAGGCCUUCCUCACCCAGAAAGCCAAGGUGGGCGAGCUGAAGGACGAUGACUUCCACCGCAUCUGCGAGCUGGGCGCCGGCAACGGCGGCGUGGUCAACAAGGUCCGCCACAAACCGUCCGGCCUCGUGAUGGCCAGGAAGCUGAUCCACCUGGAGAUCAAGCCAGCCAUCAGGAACCAGAUCAUCCGUGAGCUGCAGGUGCUGCACGAGUGUAACUCCCCCUACAUCGUGGGCUUCUACGGGGCCUUCUACAGCGAUGGGGAGAUCAGCAUCUGCAUGGAGCACAUGGAUGGGGGCUCUCUGGAUCAGGUGCUGAAAGAGGCCCGGAGGAUCCCAGAGGAGAUCCUGGGCAAAGUCAGCAUAGCAGUUCUCAGAGGGCUUGCGUAUCUGCGGGAAAAACACCAGAUCAUGCACAGAGACGUCAAGCCGUCCAACAUCCUGGUGAACUCUCGCGGGGAGAUCAAGCUGUGCGACUUCGGCGUGAGCGGCCAGCUCAUAGACUCCAUGGCCAACUCCUUCGUAGGAACGCGCUCCUACAUGUCGCCGGAGAGGCUGCAGGGCACCCACUACUCGGUGCAGUCGGACGUCUGGAGCAUGGGCCUGUCUCUGGUGGAGCUGGCUAUCGGGCGCUACCCCAUCCCCCCUCCCGACGGCAAGGAGCUGGAGGCCAUCUUCGGGCGGCCCGUGCUGGACGGGGCCGAGGGCGAAAUGCACAGCACCUCCCCGCGCCCCAGACCCCCGGGGCGGCCUGUCAGCGGUCACGGCCCGGCCAUGGCUAUCUUUGAACUGCUGGACUACAUUGUGAACGAGCCUCCCCCGAAGCUGCCACAUGGCGUCUUCACCUCAGAUUUUCAGGAUUUUGUGACAAAAUGCCUCAUCAAGAACCCAGCAGAGAGAGCUGACCUGAAGAUGCUGAUGAACCACACCUUCAUCAAGCGCUCUGAGGUGGAGGAAGUGGACUUUGCCGGCUGGCUGUGCAAAACCAUGAAUCUGAACCAGCCCAGCACGCCCACGCGCACCGCCGUCUGACCUGCUGUCCGUCUGUCUAUCUGCUCACGCCACCGGGACGUCCCCCUCUCUCUCUCUGUGUCCCGCGCACGCACAUGCACACACAUGCAUACACCUGCACGCACGCACACAUGCGCGUACACACACACACACACACACACACAUAUUCUCAGCUAUCUCAUGCUCCCCCUUUUUUCAGCUAAAUUUGACCAAGCCACCAGUAUCGACACGGCCUCCCCUUGGCAAGGUACUCUGAUGAUUGAAUUAAUCAAAAUUAGCCAAGAAAUGCCUUGUUGACUGUGCUGCAUUGGUAAGGUGACUUGAGUCAGGCCUCCAGAGAACAGCUGCUGUUGCUGAAGCUCUGGCUGCCUCCCAGCUCCUGUUCUGCCCUGUUCACAUCACCUCAGAGAUGAUGGUGUUGACAUUUUAUCAUGGAGGUUUAGCCCUCACAAAACGCACAUUUAACACAGACUUGGUCUAUCACCACGUUUGCAGUUCCUGUGAUAUUUCACAGUCUUGCAAAAACAAAAAAAGAUAUAUAUAUAGGUUUCAGAUUUCACAUCAGAGCUGAUAAUGCUUGGGAGGUGGUGGAAAGAAUAUUAGUGGACAUUAGAUAUAUUUAUGAGGAGGAGAAGAGAAGAAUAUGCUUAGAAGAGGCUUCCACUCUAUUUUAGCCUCAGGGAAAAUGGAGGAUCAGGACUACAGCUUUGCAGAAUGGGUUAAAACGACCCCUGGAGACUUCUCACUGCUGUUCCACACUUUUCCUGGGUUUCUGAAGUUAGAGAUGAAACGUAAUCUUGUGAGAACAAUGUGUUCUCCCAGUCCAGUGUAGAUUCGCAGACCACUACAUGGAAAGAACAAGGAAACGAUUACUUUGUUUUUUUUUUUUUUAAAUGAAUCAUUUAAAC